AGAUGCAUAUGUAUUUAGUAUAUUCUUAUGGAAGCACCGUGGUUAUUUCACUACUCUGUUUAUAGACGAUAUAUCGUAUUUAUGUGUGUGUGUGUGUAAUAAAAAGUAAUUGAUUUCAUUUGGAAGUAAUUAUGCCUUCCCGGGCCGAGGAUAUAUUAAAAGGCUUUCAAGUGUAUCCUUUUCUAAAUAAUCAAAAAAUUGGAUGAUUGUAAGGGAUGCUGAUAAGGGUAAAAUAUUAUGGCAGGCUAACGAAGAUUUGUUCGUACCUGACGUUGAACAUGAAGUAAGAGUACCGAAAAAGAUUUUAAAAUGUCGCGCCGUGUCGCGGGAAAUUAAUUUUAGCUCUGCAGAACCAAUGGAAAGGUUUAGGUUAGAGCAAAAAGUGUUAUUCAAAGGACGUUGUUUAGAAGAAUGGUUCUUUGAAUUUGGUUUCGUUAUACGUAACAGUACCAAUAGUUGGCAAAGUUUAAUCGAAGCUGCACCAGAAAGUCAAAUGAUGCCUGCCAAUGUUUUAAAUGGCAACGUUGUGAUAGAAACGAAAUUUUUCGACGAUGACCUGUUAGUCUCUACCAGCAGAGUCCGUCUUUUUUAUGUCUAAAAAGUUUCAUUCCAACUUCACAACAAUACAGGAUGGAAUACCAAAAAUGAUAAUAAUAAUCA